AUGAGUGACGCUCUGUGUGGCCCGUCGAACGCUCUGCAGAACUUCCAGAAGCAUACUUCUGUUGACAGGACGCUGCAGCAAGACAGACUAGUCUCACGACAGUCUCCAUCCCAGGGCUUCCGCUCUCAGAACCACAGUGAAGGGAUUCUUGACCCGGAAUUCGCCGCUUUUGAGUCGAAUAACCUCUUGGCUGGAUCGUUACCCAACGUUCAACAUGCAGGCAACUUUGUACCUCCAGCCCCGCACAUGGCAAUGACCCAUCAGCCGGAAGCUUCGAAUUGGGCAACAGACUUUCAAGGUUUACGCAUCUCAGGGCCCGCGCGACAUAUAACACAUCAGCCUGGACCUUCCACUGCUCAUAUGCAUGACGGUCCACAGCAAGGUUGGCAUAAUGAAUUUUUGAGACAGCAGCAGCAGCACACACCUGCUCAACAGCCUCAAACAUUUACUCCAAGAUUUCAGUCAUCUUUUGCACCUGGAUAUACUAUGAACGCUUCGCAAAUGAGCACUCUGGCCCCUACACAAGCAGCAAAUCAAUUUUCGGCGACGGAAGCAUUUGAUGAAUCCGCCUUUGAAGCUGCAUUCGAGCAGGCCAAAGCGGACAUGGCGUCUCAGUUUGAAACCUCAGUACUUGAGACGCAAGCCAGCGACUUGGAGACUAAGGCAGAUGACAAGAAUGUCAGCGAGGAAGUGAAUAUUCAGGAAACGGCUCCAGAGACAAUUCGGAUCGGAUCGGAUACUAUUCCGCAAACCAACAGAGAAGAUCCGCAAACGAUGGCGAAUGAUGCGGAUGAGCUUGCUCGGACGGCGGGGCAGCUAUUGAACAGCGUCAGCCAUGACACCAGCCAAAAGUUCCGGGAAAGCAAUUUCUUGGCGCUAAUGCGGCGCAUUCGGGACCGGGAAGUCCAAGUUGAGGGGGAUGAAUUUCGCGAAACUGCGCAGUCUCUACAUCCCGGUGGCAAGUACUACCCGGAAGGUAAACUGCAGCAGCGGGACGAAGGGAAACGAGCAUGGAGGGCGACCAGCCAGAACGACUACGUCCAUGUUACUUCCCAUGAGAAUAAUUCAAAACCCCCAUUGUCUCGUGAGACAACCACGUCAGCCACGACGAUCAACGACGCAACGUUGAAUACGCCAGACACAUCGAACACCGAGGCAGCUAGUCAUUCUGGGUCGGGCGACUACGACACGCUGUUUGCAAGCUGGAAUCAUGGUGACCGCUGGGCAUAA